AUGGCUCUUGAAUCCGAUCACGCCGAAGGCUCUGCUGCCGCUGCCGGCUCUGCUUCUAUCGAUCUCGAAAAGCGGGUAGAGAAUGAGAAGCUGGCGAGAAUAGACCAGCACUCCGAAGAGCACCACAGAGACUUGAAGCCUUCAGAAGAGCUGGAGAUCAGCGAUGUCCGCGAGGACGAGGAGCUGCUGCUGCCGCAGCAGGGCGAGAAGCCUGAGCCUCCAAAGAGCACAAUUGCAGGAACUCUGCUGUGGACUAGCAUCAACACGCUGGCCACAAUUGGCAUCGUCUUCACCAACAAAGCCAUCUUCUCGGACCCGUCUCUGAAGCUCGUGCAGCUCACCUUCGCCUGCUUCCAUUUCACCGUAACAUGGCUUACGCUCUACAUCCUGUCGCGCCCAAAGUUCAACUUCUUCCUUCCACGACGCACCACCAUUCGUGAAAUCCUCCCCCUCUCUGUAGCCAUGGCCCUGAACGUCAUCCUGCCCAACCUCUCUCUGGCCUUCUCGACUGUCACCUUCUACCAAGUAGCUCGGAUCCUGCUCACCCCGACCGUUGCUGCCAUGAAUUUUAUUCUCUACCGCGCCACCCUCCCGCGCGCUGCCCUCUUAGCCCUCAUCCCGGCCUGUGCUGGUGUGGGUAUGGUGUCUUACUACGACUCUCUUCCUAGCGGCGACGCGAAGGUCAAGACGACAUCGGGCCUCGGUAUCAUCUUUGCCUUCUCGGGCAUCUUCGCCUCGUCUCUUUACACCGUGUGGAUCGCGAGCUACCACCGCAAGCUGCAGAUGUCGAGCAUGCAGCUGCUCUUCAACCAGGCGCCUGUCUCGGCGUUCCUGCUGCUUUACGUUAUCCCCUUUGUCGACUCCUUCCCCACCUGGAGCACCGUUCCUGCCAGCCGCUGGAUGAUGAUUCUCAUGUCUGGCCUAUUUGCCGCCUUGAUCAACAUCUCCCAGUUCUUCAUCAUCGCACAGACCGGUCCGGUAUCUAGUACUGUUGUGGGUCACCUCAAGACGUGUACUAUCAUUGCCCUCGGAUGGGCUACCUCCGGCAGAGCCAUUGGUGAUAAGUCCAUUCUUGGCGUCAUGGUUGCCGUUGGUGGCAUCAUUGCAUACUCUGUCAUCAUGCUGAAGGAGAAGCAGAAGGCGGCUAAGAACACGAAAUAG